UCCACUACAUGCCUCUCGGCCUUUGAGCUAGUCUCGUGUUGAUUUCACGGUUUCGAUCUUGACACUUGACUGGCAGAUCGCGACCGACCUAAUUUAACACUGCCAUCAAACUAAGAAAAGAACUACUUACUGCUAUCUUUAAGCUAAACAUAUCAGCCACAGCGAGUAGAAGGACUUUAUUGCCGAGGGUGGCGAUCUUCAGGACAUAAAUAAUGCAUCAGAGCCUUGUCGAAUCGUUUCUUUGAGAAACAAUACUGACGGGACAUGUUAGAGGGCCGCCUAAUCAACCAAUACUCCUGCCCAAUAUAAACAACAAUCAUGGUUCUACAUCGGCAAAUACGGCCCGAAUGGUGGCACAACUUCAACAGCAGGAAUAACACUCAGUCCUCAUCACAACAUAGCACGGCGACAUUGGUAUGCCAAGAGCCACAAGUAUCUAUACACCCAUUGGCCACACAAGAAGGUGUUCUCAUCAAAGUCGAACCUCCGUACCGUCCAUCAAACGAUGACCUCUCCCAUGUACCCUGCGACAUUGUCCUUGUAAUCGAUGUAAGCUGGAGCAUGAGUGACGUCGCACCAGUGAUUGGCCGCGACGACGAGGGUAUGGUGACCAGGGAGCAUACUGGGUACUCUGUCUUGGACAUCACCAAACAUGCGGCUCUUACAGUGCUGGAGACACUGGACGCGGGAGACAGAUUAGCGGUGGUUACUUUCAGUACCAGCGCAAAAGUUGUGCGAAAACUACAACCUAUGGAUCCAGUUAAUAAAAAGGCGACCGAAAAGUGUAUACGGGGUCUAAAAGUGGAGAGCGCAACGAAUCUUUGGCAAGGUAUCGUGAAAGGAAUUGAACAAUUCAGGGACUCAAAGAAUACGGGUCGAGUGCCUGCAGUCUUGGUCCUCACAGAUGGACAGCCUAAUCUUCAAGACCCUCUUCAAGGCUAUGUUGCCGCUAUUCGGAAUAUGGCACCUUUGCCCGCCACUGUUCAUACAUUCGGCUUUGGUAACGACAUCAAAUCUGGACUCCUAAAAUCUAUCGCUGAGAUCGGGGGUGGAAGUUAUUCCUUCAUCCCUGAUGCAGGAAUGGUUGGGACCGUCUUCGUAAAUGCAGUGGCUCAUCUCCAGUCCACAUUCGCUAAUCGCUGUACCCUAACGUUGACUUUUCCCGAGAGUCUUCGCUUGAAACAGACUGGCGGGGAGAUCGUCGCAUGCAAGCAAUUUAUGCUCAUUGAUGCUCACGACCCCGGAGUUACCAUGAAUGUUGGUGAAAAAUCCCACGUCUACUCUCGCGGACUCGAGGCCUGUGAAAUGACCAUUCCGCUCGGCAACUUGCAAUAUGGCCAAUCUCGGGAUAUAUACAUUCGCAGCGACGCUCAGAAUUGGUCUUCUCAAGACGCUGAAAAGCCGAGCAUCGAUGCGACGUUGAACUACUCGCUCAUGCACAACAUUCAAUACACUAUUUCAGCCAGGCAAGAUGCUCUUUCGUUUACUUCCCUUCCAAGUUCCGAUCUUGCAUAUCAUCGAAGUCGAGCAAUGGUCUGUGAGUACCUCUCCUCUUUCUUUCCUCUACAAGGAAAUGGCGAACACAGCAUGCCCUUUGUUACACCUGCUUCGACAUCCGCCAUCAGAACAAAAUUCGAAGAUCUCCUCGCGAGAAUUCCAGCCAAGGACUUUAGCGAUUCACGCAACAAGUCUAUCAUGCAAGAUAUACUCGGUCAGAUUAAGCUGGCUGUUUAUGACGACACUUACCUCAAGACUUGGGCGCCACAUUACUUCCUCAGCUUGUGGGAUGCGCAUGCGAAACAAGUUCGCAAUACGUUCAAGGACCCAGGCGUGCAGAUGUACGACCUCAAUAGCCCAUUGUUCACAAAGUGCCAGGAGGAUUUGACUCGCGCCUUUGACAUCGCUGUUGAAGCGCCAGAACCAAGUUUAAGGAGGCAGGCCGAUGAGAAGUAUAGCAGCGGGCGAGCCAACGUCUCGAUGUCGUCUUAUAAUAAUUGCGACCAACCCUGCUUUUCUGCUUCCACAUUGGCCACUCUUGCCGAUGGCAGUGAAAUCCCUGCCAGCCAGUUGCGCAAAGGCAUGGCGGUCCAAACACCGUGUGGCAACCGAAAUAUCGUUGCCGUACUAAAAACCAGAGUGCAAAGAGUUACGCUGUGCAGGACCCAGAAUCUGUUGGUCACGCCGUGGCAUCCUGUGAUGGAUGAUGAUGCGUCAUGGACAUUUCCUGCUAGGAUUGCGAAAACAGCCGUCAGGUACUCAGGGGCGAUUUAUUCAAUUCUGCUCGAGCCAGACUCCAAUCCCCAGGCACACGCAAUUCGAGUAGGUGGGGUUUGGGCAGUAACUCUAGGUCAUGGGAUCAUCGGCGGUGAAGAUGUUAGAGCGCAUGCAUUUCUGGGUGACUACUCCAAGGUCUCCAAAGCUCUGUCAAUCGUCGGUGUUACGCCAGAGGGUAUGGCUGUGGCCUCAGGUGUUAGGCGCGAGAGGCGUAGUGGGAGAUUAAACGGGUUCAGGGGGCAGACAAGUGAUCAGAUCGGCGAUUGUUGA